UUCGUUCAUUUAGUUUUAGCGAGUCGUUCGAUCGAACUUAUUCCAACUCUAUUAGCAAUAGAAACGCAAUUCAACAAGUCAUCAACAUGUCAAGCGAAGGAGAGAAAACUUUUACGCGUGCGGAAGUCGCCAAACACAAUACCAACAAGGACACAUGGCUGCUCAUUCACAACAAUGUCUACGAUGUCACAGCAUUCCUUAACGAGCAUCCCGGCGGCGAAGAGGUGCUCAUCGAACAGGCCGGCAAAGAUGCCACCGAAAACUUUGAGGAUGUGGGCCACAGCAACGAUGCCCGCGAAAUGAUGAAAAAGUACAAAAUUGGUGAGCUCGUUGCCAGCGAACGCACGAAUGUUGCACAGAAAUCGGAACCCACCUGGAGCUCAGACACACAGAACGAGGAGAGCUCCGUCAAGUCAUGGAUAUUGCCCCUGGUGCUCUGUCUGGUUGCCACGCUCUUCUACAAGUUCUUUUUUGGCGGCGCCAAGCAACAGUAGAAACAAAGAUGUGUUGCCUCAACGCUGGACCGCUACUGCCUCCGAUUCUGACACAGAUCACACACACACAUACACACGGUCACACACAGACACACACACACACACGGUCACACACAGUCGCAUUCCCAUGCCAUGCCUUUAAUAUUGUUGUAGUGUGUUCUACGCUUGCGGGAGGCUUCUAGCCGGGCUAGUCGUUGCAGCUAGCGGGUUUUGUAGAGAGAAUUUGUGCUAAGUUUUUUUUUAAAACAUAAAAAAUGUGAAUGUUUUGGCAUUUUGCUUUUGUACUAAUUUGCUUAAGUGGGCUUGAGUUUUCUUAUAGAUAAUUGUUUAACUUUUCAACACAUGCAACACGAAAUAAACACAUAUAUUUAAAUAUAUACUAUUAAAUAUGAACGUAUUCAAAA